GUGAGGCGUGACUCGUGGAAGAGGGCGCACGCGACCCUUUUUCGCAAAAAUUGCGCGCCAGUGACACAAUCGUACCUAAGUGAGUACGACACGGUCAUACGGUGAACCUGGCUAACAAAGCCAGCAAACCGCCUGCGCAACUUGCACGUUACGACGUAGGCACGGUCUGUGUCAUGCUUGGCGUUCCAGUUUAAGUUGUACCGCGGCACAGUGUGGAACUGCACGGUUUACGCUCGAUUCCGCAUCGUUCAGCGACGAUCAGCGUGAUUGACCACCUGUCGCGACACGUCCGCCGCUAGUCGAUCCGACGCGAUCGUAUCGAUCGAUUCGACGGAAAUUUCGCGUGCUGGUGAUUCGCCUCGAUUGCAAUAACUUUGAAUAAAACUUGGUGGCAUUCUCUUGGUCGAGAACUUGACAGACAAGUGUCAAUAACAAGGUUUUUCGAUACGAUUCGGUGAACACGUGAGCAGGAAGGAUCUUCGGGGAUCUAACAGAGUGGCUGCACGUGGACCGUGGCCCGCGAUUACGUGGUGGGAAAAGGGUCGAUGUGCUCGAUGAGAGAGGACUACCAUUAGAAAGCGGGAAGAAUUGAUCGCGGACAAAGGGUGAACCUGAAAUCGUCCAAACUGGGUGACGGAAAAGGAAAACACCGACGAGUCAGAAUGGCAGACGAAAAUCCACAGGACCAGCGCGUCCCUAAGGAACGAAAAAUAAUCAGACACUUACCGUUUAUCAUGAAAAUUGUGGAAGUUGUCCUGUCUGUAUUUGCAAUCGGAUUAUUAGUUGAUCCACUCAACUCGUUCCAACGAAUCCUGAUCAGAUCGAGGUUCAAACUAGACGAUGCUGCGAUCAUUUACACCACCAUCGCCGGUUACAUCAUAAUCAACUCCCUUUUUAUCAUUUGCCAUUUCCUCGGGGACAGAAUACCGAAGCGAACGCUGAUAAUGUUCGCCUCGGUGGGCGCGCUUCUACACAUCGUCGCUGGAAGCGUUAUUGUCUAUAAUUGGAGGAAGAUCGUCGGCCCUUACUACAGCAACAACGAAUUUUACCCGAGCAAACAGUACAUGGACAUGUUCAUAUCGGCAGCGGUGUUCACAUUCGUGAACGCGUUGGUUUUCAUCGUCGAAGUUAUUCUCACUAUAAGGUAUUCGUCGAAGAACUCGGAGUGAAGAGGAAAGAAGGAAGUAGCUCUUACGAAAAGCAGAAAAAUCAGUAAUGACCCAACCAGAGAAUUAUGUACGUACUAAUGACCAGUAAAAAUUGAUAAACCAAAAGAAAUUUGCGAUAAAUGAUCAUAUAUAUAUAUAUAUUUCUGAAACGUAUAAUAGUACCGUUUAAAUUAUUUUAAUAUCCGAAUCGAUAACGUCAUGAGUGACAGUUAGUCAGAUACAUGUUAGUAUAAUAUAGCUAAUCGUUUUCACGACCUUCGAGAGGAGAAAAUUGAAAAACAGAGUUUAGGGAAGCGUUUAGAGUUUCGAAGAAAACGAAACAAAUAAGACAGAAAAGAUUUCCACCGAAUGUGUUCCAGAUCAUGUAUGCCAGAGGAAGAUUUCGUAAAAUUUCAUUGAGCACGAAAUAAUCCUGAAACCGACCGACAGUCUAUAAUAUAUUUAAGCAAAAUCUGUAUGCAAUUGAAAACCAAUUCUUGAGCCAAAUAUUCAAAGAUUAGGUGUAAGCCCUGUCGCCGUCCAAUCUAAAUAAAAGUAGCACUUACGUAGAGUUAAUUUUAUUGUAUCGUCACAUAAAGAACGAAGAGUACAGCAUUUGUAUUAGCAUUUUUAGAAAAUGUACAAAUUAAUUUGUAUUGUAUUUGAAUUGUAUUGUAGAAUAUUAGAUUGUGUAAACUGUUACUUAAUCGUUUUCUUUUUUAGCAAUUUUUAUAUGCAAUGCGUUCUCGAUAGCUUUAGCAUUAGUGUAAGAAUUUUAUUAAUAACUAACACCCAAAGAUCUUUAAAACAUGAUCGAAUAUACCCUAUAUUUUAAGGAUAUGAUAGGACCCACAGAGUAAUAUGAAUUUUGAUUCACAUCAUGCUACGAUCCAAAGUUCGUAUGAUUAUACGAUUAACCUGUUAAGUGCAUUAAAACUAUAAUUAAAUAGCUUAUUACUUCUAGCAACCUCUUUAGUGUAUUAUACGUUAUACAUGAUUGUAAAAUUCAAUCUCAGAAUUGCCAUGAAUAUUAUUAACUAAAGUAAUGGUUUUACUUUUUCUUAUUAAGUACUAAUUGUAACUAUAAAAAGACAAAAAAAAAACAAUUUCUAAUCGAUUAUACGCUUAUCGAUUUAGACGUGUCCCUCUAUCAAACAAUUCCGUCCAAUUUAAUAUUAGGACUACAUCGACGUAUGUUAAAACAAAUUACCAUAACGAUUAUAUUUCCAUACGUACGGAACGUAAGAAAAUAUAUAAAAGAAAAUUAAAUUUUAUAACGUACAUAUACUAUAAUACGAAUAGAAUUACGGAAAAUAAACGAUUCAUGUUAUUUUAUAUAAUUGUGCAUUCUACGAAACCAAUAAAAAUAAAUUUAAGCC